GAUCUAAAGUCAGGUGCUUUGAAAUCAAAAAUUACUCUACUAGGAAAAAAAUUGCUAUGCUGAAACAAUUAUUGAACGAACUUGCACGACCUGAUUUAGUUCCUGUCAGAGAGUCUAAAGUUCGCGUGUCAAGUUUUACCCCAAGAACGAAGAGGCUUCAAUGAUCAGUGCCGAAAGCGAAGGACAUUAAGUAUAAUUGAUCUCAUCUAUAAGUUUGUGGAAAUAUUUUGUUGAAUAACUAAAUCCAAACAUAUCAAAAUAGUUAUUGAUUUCCAUAAUUGUAUAUAAUAUAUAUAUAUCAAUUAUUUUCAUCUUGCAUUUACUAAAUUGAAAAAUGUCUUACCGAGGACCUAAUCAAUUCAACAAUCAAUUUAACAAUCGUAACCCACCAAUAAAUGGCGGAGUUCCUCCUCCAAACAAUAUAGGACCCGUAUCGGCAUCUAAAUCACCAUUAGAUCAAUUUGAAGCUUUUACUAAGAAAGUUGAAGAUUUAAUAGAUGAACAUUUUAAAUCUUUGAAACCUUAUGUUCCAGCUAUAGGUAGAGCUUUCCUUGUUGCUACAUUUUUUGAAGAUUCUUUAAGAAUUAUAACUCAAUGGGCUGAACAAGUGUAUUAUUUACAUAAUUAUAGAAAGAUGUGGAGAUGGCUUACCGUAGUAUUUUUAUUUUUGAAUAUUGUUACUAUGAUUACAGCUUCUACUUUAUUAGUGUUAAGAAAACAACAAACUAUUUCUACUAGUGCAUUAAUUGCAGUUAUUGCAUUCCAAGGUAUUGCUUACGGUUUAAUAUUCGAUGGUCAAUUUAUUUUAAGAAAUUUAUCAGUAGUUGGAGGUUUAAUUCUUGCAUUUUCUGAUAGUAUUGUUAGAGAUAAAAGAAGAUUAAAUAUGCCAGGUUUACCAAUGAUUAACAACCAUGACAAUAAAAAGUAUUUUCUUUUAGCUGGUAGAUUACUUUUGAUUUUCUUAUUCUUGGGUUUUGUUUUCUCAUCUGAAUGGUCAAUCAUUAGACUUUUCGUUAUUUUAAUUGGUUUGAUUUCUUGUGGAUCAAUCAUUGUUGGAUAUAAAACUAAAUUUGCUGCAUUUAUUUUAACUGUUCUUUUAUUUACUUAUAAUGUCUUUGCUAAUCAAUUCUGGAAAUAUGGUCCUCAUGAUUCGACCCGUGAUUUCUUAAAGUACGAAUUCUUUCAAACUUUAUCCAUUGUUGGUGGUUUAUUAAUCAUUGUCAAUGCUGGAGCUGGUGAAUUUUCUAUUGAUGAAAAGAAGAAGAUUUAUUAAACUCUUUCAGACUCUUCAUAAGGUAUUGUAACAAUUCAUUGGCUCCUAUACCUUUUGUAUCAUUUACUUAACUAAACACAAUAUACAUAUUCCUACAUAGGAUUUAAGACUUUGUAUGUGAUCCCCUUAACACUCUUAAAAAUGCUGUGGAAACCCAUCCACAAGUUCAAAAUCCUCUAUUUUGAAUAGACGACGACUCUUAUAGCCAAACAGUAACCCACUUUAGAUAUAAGAUUUUUCAGUUAGAA